AGGCAAUCACAACAUGGAGAAAAAUUGAAACCAAGUUAUUUUGUGAAUAUUGCAAGAAAUACACGUCGUUAUGCAGUUUAGUCGUAACCAAUGAACAUAAGGAUAAAGGACAGAACAUUUGAAAACAAAUACGGCGGCCAUAUAGCUAAAGAACAUUCGCUGAAAUGGCUGCAAUAGCGAAAAUGAUUUCACAUCAAUUUUUGGGAAGAAAAAUCAAGUUGAUUUUCAAAUUGAAACUUGGUUUUAGAGCAGUUCACCAAUCAAGUCAGUUUUCUAUUACAACACCGAUAUUCUAUGUGAAUGCAGCUCCUCAUAUUGGUCAUAUGUACACCGCAGUUCUGGCUGAUACUAUACAUAGAUGGCAGCACUUACUUGGCAGGAAGAGCUAUCUGUAUACAGGCACAGAUGAACAUGGACUAAAGAUCCAACAGUCUGCUUUAAGGCAGGGUGUAGAGCCACUGGAGCAUUGCAACACAGUCUCUCAAACUUUCAGAGAUUUGUUCACUACAUGUGGGAUAGAUCAUUCUGAUUUUGUUCGUACCACAGAACCAAGACAUCGAGAUGCUGUGCAAAAUUUCUGGGGUGUUCUGGAGUCUGGGGGUCACAUCUACAAGGGGACGUAUGAAGGAUGGUACUGUACAAAUGAGGAGGCUUUCUUAGCAGAGGAACAAACACAUAUGGUGGAUGAAGGUGGAACGGUUAAUAGGGUGUCAUUAGAAAGUGGUCACCCUGUACAAUGGACUAUUGAGGAGAACUAUCUAUUCCGACUAUCCUCGUUUCAACAACCACUCCUUGAACUGGUAAAGAAAGAAGGUUUCAUCCAGCCAAGUGUAUUCAAGACUAUUGUGUUAGGAUGGUUAGAAUCUGGUCUCCCUGAUCUCUCUGUCUCCAGGCAACGUAGUAGGCUUCCAUGGGGCAUACAGGUCCCAGGAGAUUCAGCCCAAACGAUAUAUGUGUGGCUUGAUGCUCUAGUGAACUAUCUGACAGUCAGUGGUUACCCUGGCAACUCAACCAAUUGGCCAAUCAGCUGUCAUGUCAUUGGCAAAGAUAUCUUGAAGUUUCAUGCCAUCUAUUGGCCGGCGUUUCUUAUUGCUGCAAAGAUGGAGCCACCAAAGCAUAUUUUCUGCCAUUCUCAUUGGACAGUUGAAGAUCGUAAGAUGUCUAAAAGUUUAGGGAAUGUUGUCGAUCCGUUUGAUCGGAUACAGAAGUACACAUCUGAUGGCUUGAGAUAUUUCCUACUGAGGAAUGGUGUUCCUCACUUUGACUGCGAUUACAGUGAUGUGAAGGUGAUUGCUUGUUUGAAUGAUGAGCUGUGCAAUAACCUUGGUAACCUUCUUAGUAGAUCUACAGCACCAUCUUUAAAUCCUGAACAAACAUGGGCACCAUCUGAUGCAUCAUGGGAAGAUUUUCUAACAAAUCUGUCUGAUGAAGAUGAGAGUUUGAUCAAUCAGCUGGUCAAUUUACCAGAGGUGGUUAGCAGUCACAUGGACCAAUACAACAUUUACAAAGCAAUGGACAGCAUUUUAAGAGUCUUACGUGAUACUAAUGCAUUCUUCCAGAGACGGACUCCUUGGAAUGAUCGCAAAUUAGGAACCCAUGAAACAAUAAUAAGACUGAAUAAUACAUUACAUUGUACAUAUGAGAUUUUACACGUAUGUGGAAUAUUGCUACAACCCAUGGUGCCAAAUCUAUCGAACUCACUACUGAGUCAUCUUGGGAUACCUUCACAUAGUAGAACUUACCAAAAUGCUACAAGAAGUGCUUUUCAUCGCAUAAGAAUUGGUGAAACAGGAAAGGAAAGACAAAUGAAAGGAAAGAGGUUUUUAGGUGAAAGAAAAGAAUUGUUUCCAAGGAUAUUAACUGAGAAACCUCAGUCUGUACAGCCAGUAAAGUCUAAGAAGAAAAAAUUAAAAGUUCAAAAGUAAAUAAAUGUAAGAAAAUUUGAUUUGUCAUCAUAAUACAUCUCUGGGAUAAAGUGGUAGUAGAUAUUAUUAUACCCACGAGAAAAUGCCUUCUUCAAAACACUAAAUACUAGUAGACAGCAUCUCCCCAGAGUAGCUGAA